AUGGUAGUCAUGGCCAGCCGUCUAGACGCCUUCGUUAAAUCGAUCAUUUUCCCUCGCCCUAAAAACGCCACCUACGACACCUCCACUCAUCCCAGCAAGCUCGUGCACAUACCGCUAGUCGACCCACACCGACACGUCGAAAACGGCGCCUUCACCUACGGCUACCUGCUGGCAAAUCCCAAGGCAACUCAUGUACUCCUGUACGCCCACCCCAAUGCCGUAGACAUCGGCAUGGCCUACAAGGAGCUCCGCUACGUGAGCAAAGAGGCCUCCAUCAGCGUGCUACUGUUCGAGUACUCGGGCUACGGGCUCACCCACACCCCCAUAACAGAAGCCAGCAUUCACCAGGACACGCUUUCCGCCUACCUCUUCCUGCGCCGCUACUUUGGCGUGCCAGCGAACCGCGUAAUUCUCUGCGGCCGCUCUCUCGGGGCUUCUCCCGCCGCAUUUCUGGCCGCCUUCCUUCCACCGCUCCAGCGGCCAUGCUUGCUUAUUCUCCAGUGCCCCUUCACCGCGCUUAGCGAGUGCAUCAACGAGUUCUCGCAGAACGCCGUGUCCAUCGCGAACUUUCUAGGGUACAACUGGUUUCGAACUAUCGAUAUCAUCACGGACGUGAGUUGCCCGGUCGUGCUUCACCACGGCACUAACGAUACCACUGUCAGGAUCGACCACUCCUACGCUCUCCAGCGGGCCCGCGACACCGCUGCGAAACCGUGCGUCACCUACCUUUACCAAGAGGACGGGAAAGGCCACAACAACCUCAGCUCCGCCACUUUGGUGCGCAUUCUUCGAGAGCGUGUCGUCACGGAGGCUCUGCUGCCGCUGCUACUGCCCCAAUCGAAGCUGUUCUUGGCGAACGCAUCUGUCUACGCGCGGCUUUUCUGCGACGAUAGCGGAAUGGGGUUUGCCACGCUCAGCGACGCUGUGGCAUCCUGGUUGGCAAAGCUGUCCCUCCACUUUUGCGCACCGCCGCUUGAUCAGCUGUAUGUACUACUGACAGCAAGCGUCUGCACCUUCACGAUGGAGUGCGCGCGGGCGUGGCAGGUUUACUGCGCGCUCAUCAGGAAGAACUUAUGUGGCGACGCGGUACACGAGCGAUGCUCCAAGGAUGUGUUUCUUCAUCGGUGCCUGGCGUGCUGGGGGAGCCCCCUUGGCGUCCACAUCGCUGUCGAGCGCGUAAACUCGACGAAGGAGGUCCGCUGCUUCGGCUUUGCCACUUGCCGUGACGCGAUGCUGGACGCACCGGCUUUGUACCCGGCAAAGUCCACGGAGGCGCUGCUAAGCGUGCUAGAAAUUGGUGUCACGCCAGGGCUGCUGUCGUGCAUGAAGCGGUGCCUCACCACCGCCCCCGACAUGCUGCAAGAGGAGGAGAUGCCAUGCUUUGUGCAGCACGACACGGUAAGCGCGGUGCAGCUGGAGUGUGAGCGUGUCGUGGCUUUUCUGACCGAGGAAGACAAGAAGCGUCUGUGUGCCUUGCUAAAAGACAUGGACGCCGGCUUCAGCAACAAUCUGUCCAACAAGGCUUAUGAGCGGCUGCAGCGUUCACCGUCCACGUCUCUCCAAAUGAGCUCGGAGUCGUUCGAAGAGCUGAAGGAGUGGCUGCGGCCGUGGACCUCCACACGCGGAACAGACAUGCAUGCACUGGCACAGGAGGUACCGUGGGAUGACUAUCUGCUGCGCAGUCGGUCCGUUGCUCGACAGCACGUGCUUAAUGAGACCAUGAGCUGGGAGGAGUGCUGCCUGGCCAUGGAGGAGAGCGAAGUGGUUUCCAAAAUCUACACCCUCUUUCAGGAAAUGUCAGCCCAAUACCUGCGGCCGACCUUUCACUCUCACGUCACUGGGACGGUGGGAUCCCGUGCAUAA